CACAGUAGCAGAACUACCUCUAUGUUGUGAAGGACUAUGUUGUGAAAACCUUUAAAGUGUUGAUAAUCCGGGUUUUGGGGGCUUUUUUCUCGGUUGUUUUUCGGGGGGAUCGCGAGACCCACUCUCCCGGAGGACUGCUGCCCGGCUCAGGCUGCGUGUUUUCGGGCAGCUGCUGAGGGGUUUUCUGGAGGGUUUCUUUUUUUUUUUUUACAAGUUAGCUCCACAGCUAAGUCACGUCAGCUGUGCGGCUGGAAGUGUCAGCGCGGACUCCUUAAUGCGUUUUAAAUACUUUUUCUACAUGAAACUGGGAGAGGAGUAAGUGUGUUUUCCUGCGGGAGAAAAGGCUCGGUGAUCCGGACUCUGGGUCUGCGGACUGAGAGGCCUGCGGGUCGGGCUCCAUCCACCGGGCUUGAGUUGAGCUCCGACGCCGCCUCAGAGGGCUCGGAGGCCGGCAGAAGAAACUGCCUCCGCCGGGGCCUGCGGAGCGAGGGAUGGAGCGGAUGGAAGUGGACCAGUGCGCAGGCGCAGCUGGCGGGGCUUUGCGCAGGUCGAACAGCGCCCCCAUGAUCACCAGUGUCAGUGACGGGAUGACGGUGUUCAGCCCGGUUUCGUCGGCUCGGUAUCGACGCAGCAGCGUUUCAAUAAACCCCAGCUCACAGCUCGUCCCUCUCUCUCCGUUCUCUCUGACCGGAGACAGACUCGACCUCAAGAGGCAGGAGGAGAACAUGGAGGCGGCGCUCAGAGGAAGUCUGCAGAGACGGAGUGCUUCCAGUCUGAUCCCAGCUCCCGUCAGUCAGUGGCACGACCACGCCUCAGUGUGGUUCCAGUCGCAGGACAGCGGCGUCACGCCAAACUCCUCCCCUUCUCCCACCAGGAGGUUCAGACCAGCAGUCAGUGCUACUGUGAGAGUCCCGGCACUAACUCCACUCAAGAGGAAAGGAGGAGUCGAGUCUGACGGACCCCCGAAGAAGCUUUUUGUCGCCGGAGUAUCGGACCCCCCCCACCGCAGCAGCUACACCGUCAGUGUCUCUCAGUCGUCGGUCGACUCCCCCACUGCAGUCAGUCCUCAGUCCAGCCCUCUGUCUCUCUCUCCUCCCCCUUCCUUCACCCCCUUCACCUCCCAUCACCACCCAGGACACUAAACCACCCCAUAAUCCUCACCCAAAGUCCUGACCAGCAGCUCCAAAACACCCGGAGGAACAUCGACUCCCCAUCGCACCUUAUUCCUGUAAGUCCCGCCUCUUCCUGCGACGACAGGAAGUACAGAUCAGCCUGGUUUAUGACUUCAUUGGAAGUGUCUGUUUUGGAUCCCUGGAUGUUUUUCCUACAGCUCUGAAGCAUCAGACUUUCUUUAGGUCGCCAACUGUUCCUAUUGGUUGGUUUUUAACCCAAAUCCCUGAGUCCACGUUGGACUGAAGGACUUCCUCGUGAGGUUCGUCGUACGUCUGAAGGCUCGUAGGUCGAACCUCAAAUGAUAAAUAUUGUACAAAGGAUUCAUCAUCAGCAACAGCAUCGGGAGAUCACGGAAGAAAACUGUUUGGGAGUCUUGAGGACACACGGGUUGUGUCUUAACGAGAUUCUGAUUUGAGAAGUUUAAGUUUUAUGAAGCGUUCAAGAAACAACCAAGCACACAAACGUCUCAAAAACGGCAGAUUUCAAAGGAGUUUUAGAGGUUAAAAUCAUAUGUCUGUGUUGGUCCCUGAAGGCAGCAAUCUCCCUGGUCCAAUGGGAUAUCUCCAUGUGAUUUUGGAUUAUGAUUUUUAGCCCAGAAAACCAUAGAGCUCCAGACUAGGGGACAGGAAGUGAGGAAAUGCUGACUCAUUCCUGCAGCUCAGGUCCAAUUUUCCAGUGGAUGAAGCUCCAGAUCGUCUUUAUUCUUCAGAGGUUUUGAAGAACUUUUAAUAAGGUCUUUAGAUGUAAUCAAGACAAAAUCAAACCGGUGACGAGGAAUGUUUUCGAGGCUCUUCAGGAACAUUUGGUUCAGCCGGUUCUCAGCUUUUGGUCCUGGAGUCGUUGGAAAUCAAGUCCGUUAUCAGGAAGAAGUAGAAGUCCUCUGGUUUAUUUGGUCUUGAAGUUGAAAGUCUGAUGGAUCUGGACUUUAUCAGCACUUAAACCAAUCAGUGAACCAGGGUUACGCACUUUUUGUGCAUCGUAAAACUACCAUAAGGUUUCAAGGAGUUUAUAUGUAGCUGAAGAUGAAGAAUUUAGCGUCUUUCAUCAACAAAACAAAUAACUAAACCUCCAAAAAGCCGAAUAUCCAAUAAAGCAAAGUAAAAGGUAUCUUAUUCCCAACUAGGGAUGUCACGAUAAAGAAAUGUACGGUCGAUACCAGUAAUGGUUUCACAUUAACGGUUUCACAUUAACAAUUCAUUAACAAAGACUAAACUUAUACGUUAGCCUACUGGUUUCGGUUAGGGUCAUAAUUCCCUAAAAUUUCAAUUUUAUUGUUCUGUGAAAACAUUUGAAUUAACUCAAGUUUCUCACCAAAAACUACAUUUACAAGACUGCAUCGGAGACAUCAUGAUAACUAGGGAUGCUCCGAUCGAUCGGUCACCGAUCGAGAUCUGCCGAUACUCACUCUCUACCGAUCGAUCGGUGCUCUCUAAACAUGCCGAUCGCGAGAGCCGAUCGCAUGACGUAAAAUACA